AUGGAAAACAUGAAAGUUGAAGUUGUUUUGAAACAAACCAUCAAGCCAUCCACUCAAACUCCUCUUCACUCUAAAACUUUCAACCUAUCUUUUCUUGAUCAGCAUCUUGGUCCUCCCAUAUAUAUUCCUUUUACUCUUUACUACGAAUCCGGCGAUGUCAACAACAAGAACAAUCACUGCGAUGGCUACAAGAACAACCUUGAAGAAGCAUGUGAACAUCGUGUUUCAGUAAUCAAGCAGUCAUUAUCUGAGACACUAGCUAGAUACUAUCCAUUGGCUGGAAGAAUGAAAGAAGAUAACUUAGCUGUUGAAUGCAACGAUGAGGGAGUCGAGUACUUUGAAACUAGAGUAAGUGAUGUUCGGCUAUCUCAAGUUAUCAAACGCUCUCCAAAUCAUAACAGUGUUCUUCGAAAAUUCUUGCCUCCUUGUAUAUCAUCUUGCGAUAACUCGAUGUCCAUACCAUUUGAUUAUGGGUUUAAAUCGAAGACGCUUUUAGCGAUACAAGUUAAUAUUUUCGAAUGUGGUGGGAUCGUUAUAGGUAUGUGCAUGGCACAUAGACUAGCUGAUGCGUCUACAAUGUUCACGUUUAUCACUGAUUGGGCAGCUACAGCUCGUGGUGCAAUCGAAGACAUCAAGGGUCCUUCUUUUGAUUUUUUACACUCUCUUCCCGCAGAAAGAUCGUUACAUGGAUUCGGUUCGAGCAAAAUCAGACUCAAGCUACUUCAGUUGAGAGUAUGGGGCGUUGUAUACAGUUACUUAAGGUCAAGGAUAACCCCACCAUUACCAGCAAACUCUUUUGGCAAUAUUUAUACUUUCACGAUUGCACUAUCCACCCCGAGUGAUGAAAACGAUAUCGAUGAUGGUCUCAGAAAAGAUGUUAGUUCUCCGAAUGACUUGAACCUGGUAGGAAAAGUUAGAGAUGCUAUAAAGAAAAUCGACGACAAAUACACAAGAAAACUGCAAAGCUCAGAGGAUGAACUAGUAAAUGAUGUAAAACCACUAACAAGUGGUGAGGCAAUAUUUUUAGGGUUUAGUAGUUGGUGUAGGUUCCCAAUAUAUGAAGCAGAUUUUGGCUGGGGAAAGCCAACAUGGGUAAGUAUUGGUACCAUGGCUCUUCGGAAUACUGUGUUUUUGAUGGAUACAAAAUCAGGGGAUGGAAUAGAAGCAUUUGUUAAUAUGGCUAAAGAAGACAUGGAUAAUUUUGAAGUUAAGCUUUUGGCUGAUCAAUAA